AUGUCUUUCAGCGAGAUCGGCCAGCGCGCUUGGUACCUGACGGUGCCGGAGCCGCCGAGCGCCAAAGACAGACUGGCGUACGGUCUUCUCGGGCUGCUGAACUGCUUCUUCUUCGGCCUCGGUGUGAUCAUUCUCGGCUUCAUCGAGAACGACGCGUCCACGAUGAUGAUCGGCGUUCUGCAACUCCUCCUUCCCAUCGUCGGUUGGGUCUGGGCAGUCGUCUGGGGAGUCCUCAUCGUUCUCAAGGCCGUUCUCAAAGACACCAGCUACUCUACCCCAGUGUGA